AUGGCAAAAGUGCGGACUAAGAACCUCACGACAAUUCUUGGUGGAGGACAUCAGGGAGUCGAUCUAGUCUGCAAAGCCUGGACUGAUGUGUUUGAAAUGUUUCGCAUGGACGCUAUGAACAAGCUUAAAGAGGCUGAUGAAGCUGCUUCUGAAUUUCAACUGGCUGAUGUCAACAAGAUGGAAUCUAUCCCGAGACCGGAUCGGAUCGGGGUAAAGGACCCUAGGGCUGCUGAAAGUCUGAAAGCAUGGGGUGAGCGCUAUUACGUCAAAACGGAUAGUAUUCGAGACAAAGAGUACGAAAUCGACCUGAUUAUCUACGCAACGGGUUUCGAAAUCUUGACCGACUGGUCUCAGCGCUCCUAUGUUGAGGUGUGCAGCCGAGAUGGAGUGACAUUGAACGACAAAUGGAUAGAUGGGGCCGCUACAUUCCAUGGCUGGACGGCUCGUGAUUGUCCAAAUUACUUCUUCAUCCACAUGGCGCAGGCGGCACAGCCUAGACGCUAUACACAUGUUUCACUUGAGCUUUUCAACCACGUCGCCCACGUGAUCCCGGAAUGUCAGCGUCGAGCAAUCAAGUCUAUUGAGCCUACGGAGGAGGCUGAGAAGAAGUGGACUGAGGAAGUCCUCGACAAGGGCAGAUAUCGAUUCAAUAUCCUCGCAGAGUGCACACCCAGCUAUCUCAACGGAGAAGACAAUAUGAACGGCAAGACGAUCCGAAAUGCUUGUUACGGAGGAGGUCCAUCCACUAUUAAAUUGAAACAUGAUAAAGGAUUGGAGAGUUGCCAACAAAGUGGACGGCCUGGACAUCAAGUAUGA